GCUGAGGGUCGCUGGGUUUGUUUUACUCGAGCUAGGUAAGGUUGGUGCUGUAAGGGAGGAAGCUCCGAACCAGGAUUGUCCUCCCGCCUUCCUCCCGCCUUCCUCCCGGAAAUACUGUCCACGCUGGCAUUCUUGCCAAGGAUACUAGGGAAUUAUACAGAAAUCUUGUGAGACGACUGCACAAACAGAGUGAUGAUUGUACAGCAAGUGGUAUUAAAUUCCCGACCUGGAAAAAAUGGUAAUCCAGUGGCAGAGAAUUUCCGAUUGGAAGAAGUCAGUAUAUCAGAUACUAUUAAUGAAGGACAAGUACAAGUUAGAACUCUUUAUCUUUCUGUGGAUCCUUACAUGCGUUGUAGGAUGAAUGAAGACACUGGUACUGAUUAUAUAGCACCUUGGCAGCUGUCUCAGGUGGUGGAUGGUGGAGGUGUUGGAAUUAUAGAAUUAAGCAAGCACACAAAUUUGACUAAAGGUGACUUUGUGACUUCUUUCUAUUGGCCCUGGCAAACCAAGGCUAUUCUGGAUGGAAAUAGCCUUGAAAAGGUAGACCUACAGCUUGUAGAUGGACACCUUUCAUAUUUUCUUGGAGCUAUAGGUAUGCCUGGCUUGACUUCCUUAAUUGGAGUACAGGAAAAAGGUCAUGUAACUGCUGGAUCUAAUCAGACAAUGGUUGUCAGUGGAGCAGCAGGUGCCUGUGGAUCCUUGGCUGGGCAGAUUGGCCAUUUGCUGGGCUGUUCCAGAGUGGUGGGAAUUUGUGGAACACAAGAGAAAUGCCUCAUUUUGACCUCAGAACUGGGCUUUGAUGCUGCAAUUAAUUAUAAAAAAGGGAAUGUGGCAGAACAACUCCGAGAAUCAUGCCCAGCUGGAGUGGACGUUUACUUUGAUAAUGUUGGUGGUGACAUCAGCGAUACAGUGAUAAGUCAGAUGAAUCAGAACAGCCACAUCAUCCUGUGUGGUCAAAUUUCUCAGUACAAUAAAGAUGUGCCAUAUCCUCCUCCACUGCCCCCUGCGAUAGAAGCAAUCCAGAAGGAAAGAAACAUCACAAGGGAAAGAUUUCUGGUGUUAAAUUAUAAGGAUAAAUUUGAGCCUGGCAUUCUUCAACUGAGUCAGUGGUUUAAAGAAGGAAAGCUAAAGAUCAAGGAGACUGUGAUAAAUGGAUUGGAAAACAUGGGAGCUGCAUUCCAGUCCAUGAUGACAGGGGGUAACAUCGGAAAACAGAUAGUUUGUAUUUCAAAAGAUAUUUCUCUAUAAUUGUCAUCUUCAAGAAAAAUCACACAUAUUUCUUUCCACCUUACACAAAGAUUUUUAAGAUAAAAUUUUUUUAAAAAAAAAGUACAGGGGGCUGGGGUUGUAGUUCG